AUGAAAAAUAAAGAAAGGGGGUGGGUGGAGAGAGGAAGGGGGUUGGUUGGUUUUCUUUUCUUUCUUUCUUUAUUUAUUUAUUUUGAUAUUUACUAUUUUUUAUACUUAAAAAUGAUGUGGAAGAUGACGUGAUAGUUGACGUGGGAUGAGUAUAUUACACUCACCGAAAAAGUAUUUAAAAUGUUGUUUUUUAAAAUAUAUUGCCUAAUAAAUUUGGUCAUACUUGAUAUAAGUAUUUUAAAAUUUAAAAAAUAUAUAUCACUAAUAUUUUAUUUUCUUUAUUUCCACUCAAAAUCUCUUUUAGUUCAUUCUCCCAUCAUUUUUAAAAUUUGAAUCUCAGAAAUUUUGAUUUUGACACAUAAAUUGGGACAAUAUAUUCCAAACCUAGCAAACAGUCACCACCAAACGAAGAUCAAUGGGUAGCAGCAAGGAGAAAAAAAGCCACAAGAAGAGACGAUUAGGACCUAGUAAAAAAGUGAAUAAUACUAAAAGGAAGAAGGAGAAAAAGGUGAAGAAGACACCAAGUAACAAUGGCAAAUCUAUUGAAUAUGUGAAAUCCAAAAGCAGCAAAGUGAAAGAAGACAUAGUUCGUUUUCCAACAGCAGCACAACAGCUGAUGUAUUUUCAUCAACAGUAUGAAUCCACUAAUAGGGUUCAGCUUUCUUCUAUCGAGCUCGAUUCGUUUACAGAGACAUGCAUGGUUGAGCUCAAUCCUGAUCAAGCUCAAAGUAGUAGUGCAUUGGCUGACCAUAUGAAGGUUGCUUUUGGACCAUCGUGGAAAGAGAUUCUAUGUGAAAAGGAGCUUGAUGGGACAGUUGAUCCAGGGCAACCUGCCCUUCUGGUUGUUAGCUUAUCUGCCUUGCGUUCGUUGGACCUUCUCAGAGAAUUGCGGCCUUUGACAAGUGAAUGCCGUGCUGCAAAGCUUUUCUCAAAGCAUAUGAAGAUUGAGGAGCAGGCUUCUUCUCUCCAGAAUCGUGUUAAUAUCGCAAGUGGGACACCAAGCAGGAUUAAGAAGCUGAUAGACAUGGAGGCACUCGACCUUUCUCGAUUAGCUGUGAUUGUGCUGGAUAUGAAAAGUGACGCGAAGGGAUAUUCAUUGUUGACAUUGCCUCAAGUCAGAGAUGAAUUCUGGGACUUGUAUAGGAACUACUUUCACCAACGGAUACUGGAAGGUGCAUUGCGGAUAUGUCUUUAUGACGAAAUACCGGCUAAUAUUAAGAGAAAGAAGAAUAACGAAGAUGAUUAGCCUCUUCACGACGAGGAUUCUAUACUAUCGACAUCCAGCCAAGUUUUGGCAUUUUUGUAUCACAAAUUUGUGAAAGAGAACACACAGAAGCAGCAACUAUCUAGGAAUCUCUGUAGGUUGUGUUGUUUAGCUAGGUAAAUUUGGCAGGUAAAAAAUGAAUUCCGACUUCAACUGGAUGUCUUUCGGAGAGAUCUAUGAUGGGAUUUUUUUUUAAAAUUUUUUUUGGUGAGAUCUUUAUGUAAAAGGAAUUUUCAUGAAAUGUGAUGGUGAGUUGAUAAUCAAUGUCUAAAUUUUUGUUUUGUA